CUUAACGACGCGCUUCAAUCAUUGUGGCCCAUUUUGUAGCAACCCCUUCCUUCCUCUCCCCCCAAAGAUAAACCCUAGUAAUAACGCUUCCAAGUUCGAUUCCGAACCGCGAUAUAGUUGUCGUUCCGACAUUGUUCGCUUCCGGGAUCAGGGUACCGGCUAGUCGGAACCGCCACUAAAUGGCUGCCGGAAGCUCCUCCCGGAGCAAGACUGAAGAGAAGAGAGCACCCAGUCGGCGACCUAAGGCAUUGGGACCAAAGAAGAACCCUAAGAAAAGUGUUUCUAUAAAGAACCAGAUCCGCUCCGUCGAGAGGUUUCUCAGUAAGGACCUACCCAAUGAUGUUAGACAGGCUCAAGAGGAAAAACUGAAAGGGCUUCAACAGCUGCAGGAUAAUCACAUUCGCUCAGCAUUGGACCAUAAGAUUCAUCUCAAUGACAAAAGAAUAAGAUUUUUUGAGAGGCGAAAGAUUGAGAGGAUGAUAAAACAGCUUGAAAAGCAAUGUUCCUCCUCUGACCAAGCCUCAGAAGAGGGGACUUUGGAUCAGCUUUCGAAAUUAAGAGAAGAUUUAAAUUAUAUUAGAUUUUUCCCAAAGAAUGAAAGAUAUGUUUCACUGCUUGUUGGUGGUGAUAAUCCAAAAAUUGUUGAAAAAAGAAACCAGUUACGUGAUCAGAUAAAAGCCAAUCUUGUAGAAGCCACUUCUAAUGGAGAAGAUUUGAAAGAAACAAGUGAAAAUGAUGCUUUAGAUGUGAAUGAGGACGAUUUCUUUUUAGACGAUUGCUCAAGUGAUGAAGGAGACUGUGAUCCUGCAGAUAAUAAUGCUAGAGAAUCAACUUUGAUUGCUCCUGUCAAAGAAAAAUCUGUCAGGUUCACUGAUUCAAGGAAUCAGGAGGUCCCUGCUCGAGUUCUCUCACUGCCACCUCAGCCAUUGCCAUCUAGACGAAACUAUGAUGAAACUGCUGUGGCAUCUAGAUCUAGCAAAGCAUUCAUUAGAAAGAAUGAUGCUUCCUCUAAAAGCUUGAAAUUGGUAAAUGAAGUCAAAGGUCAACACAGCAACUUUAGUUCAAGCUCAGAGGUCCAUAAGCCACGCAGAAAAAGGAGGCCAAAGAAGAAAAAACAGGCAUGAGUAAAAGUCCAGAGGUUGGGCCAUCACUGGACAUUGACGCCGGAAAAAAGCUGUGUUGGACCAAGAAGAAACAAAAUGAACCAAGUUUGUAUGCCCCCUGUGCGUGACAACUGAAACGACUGUUUUCUCAUGCGUAUGGUUUGAUGUUGUGCCAGGAUUGGCAUAUACUUUGCAAUCAGUUUGUAAUAGUUAUGUUAUGAUGUAAUAGUUUGUAAUAGUCAUUUUUGAUUGUUUUCUCAUCCGUAUGGUUUGAUGAUUUUUCAUUUCUGAAUACCAUAUGUUUACUAUUGAUGAUA